AUGGAUUUAAGAAACUCUAGUACCUUUGCUGUGGUUUUCUUGAUGUUUUUCUUUUGGCGUAAUAUCGUAGUUAAUGCUUCUAGGGGUGGUGUUGGACCUGAGCUUAUAACAUGGUCCGACGUAAGUGUUGCACAUACCCAGUCUCAUGAACCGUUUGUGGAAGUUGAUCUGAAUGGAAAGGGCAACUUUACUUCAGUGCAAGCUGCAAUCGACAAGGUUCGAACAGACAAUAUUAACAGAUUCAAAAUUUACAUACAUCCAGGAAUCUAUAGGGAAAAGGUGACUAUUCCAAAAUAUAAGGACUAUAUUACUUUAAUUGGAGUCGAUGAUGGACAAUCUAAAACAGUUAUUACUUGGAACGACUCAGUAACAGUCACCGUUGAAGCCAGUUACGUUGUUGCCACCAACAUCACAUUUGAGAAUACAGGUGUUUCUCCCCCUGGAAACACUCGGAAUAAAGAAGUUGCUGCACUGAAAAUAACAGGAGACAAAAAUUUUUACUAUAAAGAGUCAACCAUCAAUUCAAUAGCCAAGGGUAAAGGAGUGAUAGCUGUUAACAACAGGGAUAAUCUUAAUACAACUGGAGGAUUUGCUUUCCUGGGAAGUAACGUUACUGGAACUGGCAAACUUCUCUUGUUACUGGAAUUGGACAAUGUCAUAGAUCCUCGAGAUUGGAGUGAUGGGAAUGAUCCGGCUAAACAAAAGUAA